AUGAAAAGGAAUCUCAGAGAAAAUGUUUGGUGGCCAUGUAUGGAUAAAGAUGUUGCUCACCGAAUCCAAGAAUGUGCCGGGUGUGCAGCUGUUAGUUCGCAGCAUCCUCCAGAGCCGAUGACGCGCAAAGAAAUGCCAGAUCGAUCUUGGCAAGAAUUGGCCAUGGAUUUUUUCUCAGCAAAAGAAUGCGCGACCUUUUUGGUUGUUGUAGAUUAUUACAGUAGGUUUCUGACCGUCAUUGAAAUGAAGUCGACGAAUGCAUCCCAUACUAUUGAAGCGUUAGAAAAUAUCUUCAAAAUUCACACUUAUCCCGAAACAAUACGUGCCGAUAAUGGACCUUCUUUCUCAAGUGAAGAAUUUAAGUCAUAUUGUACCAGCAAAAAUGUAAGGUUAAUUAACACCAUUCCAUACUGGCCUCAAAUGAAUGGUCUGGUUGAGCGGCAAAACCAGGGUAUUCUACGAGCACUAAAAAUAGCCAAGGUUAUGAAGCAGGAUUGGCGAAAAGCUGUUCAGGAGUAUGUAUAUGCGUAUAACACUAGGUCUCAUUCAGUGACCGGAAAGACUCCAGUGGAACUUUUGACGGGAAGACCAGCGAAAGAUCUGUUACCUUCUUUGAGAACCGAACCAUAUUGGAGUCGCGAUGAAGAGGUGCGAGAUAAUGAUGCCAUUAAAAAAAUGCAAGGCAAAAUCUAUGCAGAUGAACGUCGACACGCCAAGAAAUCUAACAUAAAAGUGGGAGAUACGGUGAUGAUGAGGAAUUAUGACUUACGCAAAUUGUGUCCUGGUUUCCAGUCGGCAAAGUACAGAGUUGUUCGUAGAAAAGGCGUCGACGUGCAUGUGGCGAAGAUGGUGUUAUUUACAGGCGCCCGGUAA